AUGGAAGUCACAGCUAAAAACAUCCUCGUCACUUUGACGCUUUCUAUCAUCGUGUUGAUUACCAUAGCGGGCAAUCUCCUGGUCCUCCUCUCUUUUGCCCUGGAUGCCAAACUCAGACAACCAUUUAACUAUUUUAUCGUUAACCUGGCCGUGACGGAUUUACUGGUGGCGCUGUUUGCCAUGUCCUUCUACACUAUUGACACUCUCCUGGGCUACUGGCCGUUCGGAACUAUCGUGUGUGGUGUCUGGAUAUACGUGGAUUAUGCUAUGACGUUUGCUAGUGUUUUCACUAUCGUUGCCAUCUCUUUAGACCGCUUUUGCUCAGUGACUUGGGCUAUUAAGUACAAAAAUACCAACGGCAAGAGGAAGAACCGGAUUAUUCUGACCAUUCUGUGGAUAUGUGUGUUCAUCUUAUGGACCCCGCCCUUCAUUGGCGAUCGUCUUAAGCAUCAAGAAGUCGACAAAUGUAUUUGGGAGCCGUUCGACAAUCAUGAGUUCAUCAUUGUCGUAGACAUUGUUGGACAUUACAUUCCCUGCCUGCUGAUUAUUGCUGCUUACAUCAAGGUCUAUAUCGUCAUGAGGAAGCGAUCAAAAGUGGUGUCUUUUAAAAGCAGAGAGACAACCACCAUUAACAUUACUGCAAACAAAGAUUCCAAAGAGAAAGACCAAUCGCGGAGCCAGGCCUCAGUGUCUGUUGUCACAACACAAAUGCAGCCCUCCACUUCUGCUGCAAGAUCGUCAUCUAUAAACACGCUAGUGGCUGAUAGAAGUAACAGAGAACAGAAGAUAUUCCGGACUCUGACCUAUGUCAUAACCAGUUACCUGCUGUGCUGGUUCCCAUUUUAUGUGACGUGGGACAUUUACGCGUGGAAACCCUCUCUCGUUCCUGAUUGGUUGUACACUUUCUUGUUCUGGAUGACGUACAUUAAUUCCACUUUAAACCCCGUUCUUUAUGCUUACACGAAUAAGGAUUUCCGACAAGCUUUCAAAAACAUUGUUAAGUGCUCAUGUCAGAAUAACACACCUCCUAAAAAUUGA